CUACAUUUUUCUAUCCGGCGCUUUCGAAGCGGCCGAAAUGAUGUAACCUGGUCAAGUGGUCAUGGCAAUUAGUAAAUGCAGUUUCUGAUUUCUAUAGAAAUAUCUCUUUGACUCUUUCUUCAACUUCCCACACUUGAGCCUCUGCUCAAACUCUUGUUCGUCUGUUCUCAUGUUGUAAAAGUAGAGAGUACCAAUCUACCACCCAACCAGUUUCCUCGUAGACAUCCACGACAUCCACGGCGUCGCAUUGAUCUUCAUCCCACCCCUCCACCGCCAGUGCCGCCCUCGAGUUUUCGUCUUGCUUGUUUUGCCAAGGACGAAAGCUUGUGGACCCUACAUAUUCAAUCGCGAGUCGCGCAAUCUCUAAAAAGGAAGAAGGGUUGACCAAAUCGAGAGCUCAUCAUGUCUUCGAGACAUCCCACAUCGUGGGACCAGUAUGAACGUGGGAACUCUCCUGGGAGGGGCAGCGUGUCCUCCACUGGACAACACAGCGUCAGUUUCGCCGAGGGGCAGAGUCUCCUGGGCGAUCACGAAGGCCACGAAGACCACGAUAACUCUACAGAGUGGAUGGGGCGCCUUCGCCGGAGAUCCUCCGUAACUAACAGGCUCGCUGCUAUCACCGAAAUCGGUGGCGUCAAUAGCAUUCGAUCCUUCACUCGAAGCUGGCAACGCGCCGCUGUGUUUCCUGAGGUCAUUCCUCAACGACCGUCCUUCGUAUUCGCCCCAGACCAGGAGCCGGCCGACCCCAUUCAUUAUGGCAGGACUGAUGUUGAGACUGGUCCUCGGACGUCGCUCCUACGGAGCCACCUCGAGGCAAACACUGCUCCUGAAAAUGCCAUUCUUGACACAGAGGACGACGCAGGGCCCGCGGGCACGCUGCCCCAUCGAUCGGGGGGUGCCGAGGGAAAGCUGUUCGACAAUGACCUUCCUGGGGUAACAUCGCCGUCUGGGUCGGCAAGGACCAACUCUGUAUUUGAGGUGCCGCCUCAUCUCUCGGGGCAGGUGCCAUUCGUGGGCAGUUACUCGUCGUAUGUGACGUAUGGCACCGUUGACUCCGAGAUAAGUCGGCCGUCCAUGGCCGAAGCUGGAGAGCUUUGGCGGCAACAACAAGAAGCAGGUGUUGAAGUGCCGAAUGGCGAACACCCGCGCAUUAUGGUCAAGGAGGUGGAACAGGACGGCAAGUUUGUUCUCGCAGUUGCUGGCCAGUCUACACUGCCGCAGACAGUCGUUAACUCUACCAAUGUUUUGAUUGGUGUCGGCCUACUCAGUCUGCCCAUUGGCAUGAGAUAUGCUGGUUGGCUUGUCGGCAUGGUCGCGCUUUUCUGUUGCGCCGCUGUGACAAGUUGGACGGCGCGACUGCUCAGCAAGUGCAUGGAUCUGGACCCUACCCUCAUCACUUUCUCCGACGUUGCGUAUAUCUCGUUUGGGAAAAAUGCUCGAGUAAUCACAAGUAUCGUCUUUACGCUCGAACUUAUUGCGGCCUGCGUCGCUCUCAUAGUAUUGUUUGCCGACUCCCUGUCGCUUUUGUUCCCGGGUAUGCUCUCCGUUAACGGAUGGAAAGUCAUCUGCGCCGUAGUGUUAAUACCCUUUCAAUUUGCUCCUCUCCGGAUCUUGAGUUACACCAGCUUUCUUGGCAUCCUUAGCGUCCUUAGCAUUGCCAUUAUUGUCAUAUUGGAUGGGUUGAUCAAGCCGCAUGGGCCUGGCUCGCUCAUCGAGCCGGCAGCUACAUAUCUAUUCCCAGAAAACUGGCUAACGUUGCCACUAUCGUUUGGCCUACUUAUGUCUCCUUGGGGUGGGCACGGUGUUUUCCCAAACAUCUACCGUGAUAUGCGACACCCUCACCGAUACAAGGAGGCUGUAACCAUUACUUUUAGCUUCACCUACCUGCUAGACGUUACCAUGGCCGUCGUCGGCCUCAUCAUGUUCGGAGACGGCGUGCGGGAUGAGAUCACUUCCAACAUCCUUCGGACAACGGGCUACCCCGAAGUUCUGAAUGUGUCCCUGGUCAUCUUUAUCGCCAUCAUCCCCUUAACUAAGAUCCCCUUGAAUGCCCAGCCUAUCGUGACCACCAUGGAGGUGUUGGCCGGCCUGCGUCAGCAUGUUAUGGCGGACAAUUCUGCCUUGCUUGGUCGAUCCAGCGCAUUCAGGGGCGUUAUGAAGAUCGUCAUCCGUAUCAUGACCUUGCUCAUACUUUUGAUCAUUGCCAUUCUGUUCCCGGAUUUCGACAGCAUCAUGGCUUUCAUGGGGAGCGCUCUGUGCUUUACUAUUUGCGUGACAUUACCAUUGGCGUUCUACCUGAAGCUUUUCGGGCACGAGAUCAUGGCCAAGGAACGUAUAUUAGCAUGGUUCGUGAUGACUACGUCGUUCGUGCUCUCGGUCAUCGGUACGGUCUGGGCAUUCCUCCCCAAGAGCCUCAUCGGCAUCACCACAUAGGACGUGUGCCAGGAGCUGCUAGGUUCAUGGUGAUAUCGAUCUGAUGGCGCACCCGGUCUGGGAAGCGAGGGAGGGAGGCGAAUUUUCUGAAUAAUGAUCCAUGCAUACACGGAAUCGUUCCUAAACUAUGAUGAUAUGAGGCGAGACAUCUUCUAUUGCAUCAUUCAUAGCAUAUCACUCGCGGGAUUCUGCACAUUGGUCAAGUUUGAUGGAGUUGACGAAUAUGGAAAACGUGACCAGUUCACCUGCU